CCCUAUGGGGCGGAGCUCCACGAUAUAGAACCAGCCAGCUAGUUUAAUGGAACAAAUAUUGAUUGUCGUAUUUACAGCAUUAGUUCUUUGUUCACAGUAAUGCCUGUUAGCUGCCGUACUACAACUGGCAAGUAGACGGACUGCGCCGUUCAUUUCUUUCUUUCUCUCGAGUUGAUUUGGUCAAAUGGCAAUGCCAUUAAUUGUCAGAUCAGCGCUCAUGAAAAACAGGAGUCUGUGGCUACCUGGUCUCAGUGCUGUAAGGGCCUUGUCUUCUCCUGGGGGCCCCACUCCUCCUUUUACCACCCUGUCUGUCAGUCAACCUGCCACAGCUGUCACUCACGUAGAGCUGCACCGGCCAGAGAAACGCAAUGCCAUGAACAAAGCCUUCUGGAGAGAAAUGGUGGAGUGCUUUACACAGAUAGCUGGGGACCCGGAGUGCCGCGUGGUUGUCGUCUCAGGUGCUGGAAAGGUCUUCACAGCUGGCAUUGACUUGAUGGACAUGGCCAGUGAAGUCUUACAGCCUGAGGGGGACGACAUGGCCAGGACUUCCUGGAACAUGCGACGCAUCAUCACCAAGUACCAGGAAACCUUCACCGUCAUUGAAAGGUGUCCAAAGCCUGUGGUUGUGGCAGUGCAGGGAGCUUGUGUUGGAGGAGGAGUGGAUCUGAUCACAGCCUGUGAUAUCCGUCUCUGCACUCAGGAUGCCUGGUUUCAGGUGAAGGAAGUUGAUAUUGGCCUAGCAGCUGACGUUGGAACUCUGCAGCGCCUACCUAAAGUCAUUGGGAGCCGCAGCUUGGUGAAUGAGUUGGCUCUGACAGCAAGGAAGAUGUACGCCGAUGAGGCCAAGGAAAGUGGAUUAGUCAGCCGUGUAUUUCCGGACAAGGAGGUGAUGAUGGCUGGAGCUCUGGAAAUGGCAGGGGAGAUAGCAGGCCGCAGCCCUGUGGCUGUCCAGGGAACCAAGGUCAACCUGAUCUACUCCAGAGACCACAGUGUGGCAGAGGGCCUGAACUACAUGGCAACGUGGAACAUGAGCAUGCUGCAGACGGAGGAUGUCAUGAAGUCAGCUGCGGCCUCCAUGGAGAAGAAGAGUCCUAAAACCAUAACUUUCUCCGAGCUCUGAAGCUGAGGGGCAGAAAGAGGCUGGAAUGAAGAUUUUCUUAGCUGAUGGAAAGUGAGGGGAAGAGGGGGAAUCGAUGGAGGGGCGGUGUAAAAAGUUAAAUUAAAGGGAUUCCUUUAUCUACUUACUCAGAGUCAGAUUAACUAGUGGAUACAAUUUUUAUGUCUCUGCGUCCAGUAUGACCGAAGUUAGAUGUAGUUUGGGGCAUUAGCGCUAGCUUCAAUUAACGUUAGUGCUAGCUUAGCGCAAAGACUGGAAGUCUGUACCUGAACACUUCCAGUCUUUGCGCUCAAGCAUGCUAGCUGUACCCGAAGACUUCCAGUCUUUACUCUAAGCUAGUUAGCGUUGGCUUGCGAAACUACCUCGUCAAUUCCUUCGUACUGGACACAGAGACAUGAAAAUGGUAUCCACGAGUUCAUCUGACUCUGGGUAGGUAGAUAAAGGGCGUCAUUGCCAAAAUUCCCAACUAUCGAUUUAACUAAUAUAAAAAUGGCCUGACUCCAGCAGAUGCAUAUGUUUGUGUGUUGGUGCCUUUUUGUCUGUCUGAAUCACUCAAAGCAGAGCGGUCUGUAAACUGUAAAGAUGAGUUAGUGGCCUCGCUUGCUUGCUCUGCAUGCAGGAUUCAGGUUGGGUGCUCUACCAAUCAGCCUCACACUUUUGUAAAUGUAUAUAAAUGAUUGCAUCAUAAAAAUAUUGAAUAAAAGAUGAACUGAGCCAAAGUGCCCUGUUUCAACAUGUUA